AUGAUGGGGUCACCUAAGAUUAUGUCUUUGAUUCUUGCUCUUCACCUACUGCAAGGCGUUCGAACUUCAAUGAUUGAACUGAAAAACAAUGGCUAUGAAGGAAUUGUCAUUGCCAUUAAUCCCCAGAUACCCGAAGAUGCAAAAAUAAUCCAACAAAUAAAGGAUAUGGUGAAUGAUGCUUCUUCUUACCUUUUCACGGCCACAAAAAAAAUGUUCUAUUUCAAAAAUGUAGCUGUAUUAAUUCCUGAGACGUGGAGCGAUAAACCUGAGUAUUCGGUCUCCAAACGUGAGUCCUACAAAACGGCGGAUGUCAAAGUUGCAGAACCCUCCCCGACCCAUGGAGAUAACCCCUACACCCAGCAGACGGGACGGUGCGGAGAGCCGGGAGAAUAUAUUCACUUCACCCCAAAAUUCCUGGCAGGAGACCUCUUGAAAGAACACGGACCACUAGGUCGAGUGUUUGUCCACGAAUGGGCUCAUCUGCGGUGGGGGGUGUUUAACGAAUACAGCGAUGAACAACCUUUCUACAUGUCCAAUGAUGGAAAUCCUGAAGCAACAAGGUGUUCAUUAGAUAUCCUUGGUUCAUACAAAAAGGAGGUUUGCCAAGGAAACAGCUGCUCAAAUAGGCUUUGCAAAGUGGAUUGGAAGACUCAGAUGUUUGAAGAAGGCUGUAAAUUCAUACUGGAUGAAGAUCAAUUUGAAACAGCAUCCAUAAUGUAUCAGUCGAGUAUUGAUUCUGUGGUUGAGUUCUGUUCAGCGCACAACCAUAACGUAGACGCUCCAACCCCUCACAACCGAAUGUGCAACCUCCGAAGCACUUGGGACGUCAUCAAGGAUUCAGCUGACUUUAAGAACAGCAAACCCAUGACUGGCCAGCCACCAAAACCUGUCUUUUCCUUGCUGAAAUCUAUCAUCAGAAGAGUCUGUUUGGUGCUUGAUAAGUCUGGAAGCAUGGCGGAUAAGGAUCGUCUUAAUCGAAUGAAUCAGGCAGCCAAAUUGUUCCUGCUACAGAUUAUUGAAAAAGGAUCCUGGGUCGGGAUGGUCGUAUUUGAUAGUAAAGCCGUAAUCCAAAAUGCUCUAAUUCAAAUUGUCAGCGAGGAUGACCGGAAUCAGCUGAUCAAAAAGCUGCCUUCCACGGCUGGAGGAGGAACGUCAAUCUGCAGCGGAGUCCGAGCUGCAUUUCAGGCAAUUAAACAGAAAUUCCAGACAACCGAUGGCUCUGAAAUCGUGUUGCUGACAGAUGGGGAAGACUCAACUAUAAGUUCUUGUUUUGAGGAGGUGAAACAGAGUGGAGCUACCAUUCACACUGUUGCUCUGGGAGCUUCAGCUGCCAAGGAACUAGAACAAUUAUCAGUCUUGACAGGAGGCACAAACACGGCUCCUUCAGAUGCAGCCCAGAACAAUGGACUGAUUGAUGCUUUUAGUGGACUUUCAUCAAGAAGUGGAGAUUUCACUCAACAGUCUAUCCAGCUUGAAAGCACAGGCUUCACCCUGAACCAAAAAGGUUGGAUGAAUGGUACGGUGAUUGUGGAUAACUCGGUGGGCAAAGAUACCUUCUUCCUGGUCACAUGGUCAGCUCAGACCCCCAACAUCUUUCUCUGGGACCCGAAAGGACAAGGACAUCAUGCUUUUACAAAGGAUGCAAAAUCCAGGAUGGCUCAUCUCCAGAUACCAGGCAUAGCUGAGGUGGGCACUUGGAAAUACAGCAUUGACUCACCUGCACAAAUCCUAACCGUGACAGUGACCUCACGGGCAGCCAAUCUCAAGGUGCCUCCACUGACCGUGACUCCUCGCAUGAAUAAAGCCACAAACGUCUUCCCCAGUCCGAUGGCGGUUUACGCCGAAGUUGGCCAAGGGUUUCUGCCUGUCCUUGGGGCCAAAGUAAUUGCUACUAUUGAACCCCAGAGUGGAAAACCGAUUACUUUGGAACUUCUAGAUAAUGGUGCAGGGGCUGAUUUGGCUGCCAACGACGGGGUCUACUCAAGAUACUUUACUGCUUACAAGGGAAACGGCAGACACAGCUUAAAAGUGCAGGCGCUAGGAGGGAAAUACAAGCAGAAUUUUAAACCCCAACAGAACGGCGCUAUGUACAUACCAGGCCAUGUAGAAAAUGGUAAAAUCAUAAUGAACCCACCCAAACCUGAAAUCGAUCUUAAAAAUGCUCAGUCAAAAGUGGAGAAUUUCAGCAGAACAGCCUUGGGAAGUUCAUUUGAGAUCAAAAACGUUCCCUCCGGCACGAUACCAGAUAAGUUUCCACCAUGUAAAAUUACAGAUCUUGCUGCGAAAGUUGAGGGAGAUAAAAUCCAGCUGACCUGGACAGCUCCAGGGGAUGAUUUUGAUGAAGGGCAAGCUACAGGAUACAUCAUAAAAUUGAGUGAGACGGUUCUCGAGCUAAGGGAUAAAUUUGACAAUGCCUUUCAAGUAAACACUACCAGCCUGCAACCUAAGAAUGCCAACAUUAAAGAAACCUUUGUGUUUAAACCGGAAAACUUCACAUUAGAAAGCAGCAGCAGCAUUUUUAUUGCAGUCCAGGCCUUCGAUGAAGCCCAUCAGAAAUCCGAGAUGUCCAAUAUCGCACAAGCUGUUGUUUAUACUGCCGGCCAUCCCUCCACUGGAGCUCAGACCUGCCGAUAAACCCGGUCCUGAAAAUAAACCCAUCCUCAUUCAGAUGGUAAAGGCUUGGUCUGCGGUAGUUCUUAGUAUAGCAAGAGCAUCACCCUUUGUGUUCUGAAUAAGUAAAGCAAUAGAAGUAGCUGAUCUGAAACUGG